CCGCUCUGUAACUCAGUACAGCUCCGUCAGUGUCCGUGGAUUUUCCCAACAGCCGUUAUUUACACGGGAUGAGCGAAUAAACCUGGACCGCUGAGACUAUUUUGAUUAGUAGAUUACGCGGAGUGUCGAUCAUGUCUUACAAUGGGUCAGCUAACGCUGGAUGUGUGGUGUCGAGUGAUGUGUGUAAUAGCAGCUGUACCAAAACGGAAGUGUCUGUGACCUCGACUGCCAUCUCAAUGACGGUGGGCAUUGUUUCCAACACUCUGGCCCUUAUCAUCUUGAUCAAAGCCUACCGCAGGUUCAGAUUCAAGUCUAAAGCAGCCUUCCUCCUGUUUGCUAGUGGACUUGUGGUGACUGACUUCUUGGGACACCUGAUCAAUGGCUCUCUGGCGCUCUACGUUUACGCCUCACAGAAAGACUGGGAAACAUUCGAUCCUCACAAGUCUCUGUGUGACUUUUUUGGAGUCUGUAUGGCUUUCUUCGGCUUGACUCCUCUGCUGCUCGGGAGCUUGAUGGCAGUGGAGCGUUGUAUUGGAGUGACCCAUCCUCUCUUGCACACCACGGCGUUGGGGUCCCAUCACGUCAAGAGGCUGCUGGGUUUGACCUGGCUGCUGGGUCUGCUGGUGGCUCUGCUGCCCCUCCUGCUUCAGCGCUCCUACCAGGUGCAGCGAUCCAGAAGCUGGUGCUUUUUCCACCUGCAGGGGCCACGUGAUUGGGUGGACGUGCUUCUAACGAUACUAUUCUCUAUACUGGGUUUGCUGGCUCUCCUCGUCUCACUGGUGUAUAAUACCGUGACUUUUCUCACUCUCCUGCGAAGUAGAGUACAACUUGACCAAGAUUAUCAUCGCCACAGUCGUAACACAUCACACCAUUCUGAAAUGGUCUGCCAGCUUUUGGCAAUCAUGCUGGUUUCCUGUGUGUGCUGGGGGCCAAUUUUGAUAACAGGCAUCAUCUUCAGCCUACAGGAUCACAGUGAGGAUCAGACAUCAUAUACUCAUAUGCUGCUGGUUGUGCGCAUGGCGACAUGGAACCAGAUCCUGGAUCCGUGGGUGUACAUCCUCCUGCGCAAAGCUGUUCUGAGGAGACUUUUUCAGGUGGCGAUUAGACUUUGCGGUCCUCGCUUGAAAUUUCGGUUCCAGUGGCGGGGCAGCACACUGGGGAGCUCCAGCAUGGAGACCAGCAGCUCAGUGACCAGUAGACCAGACUUCAUCUGUCUGCACGGACCUUUCCUACCAGACACUGCCAUCCAAUCAGCUCACCUCCCCUGAAGGGGAUAUGAGACCUCUAUUUGAUCAUUACAUCGGAAAAGAGACUGUUUCAGAGAUUCAUGAGAUGUCUCUAGUAGAAGAAAUUUGCAUUCAUUUGAAGGUUCAGUCUAAGGUCAGUCACAAAGUGGUUUUUAUUAGCAGAAAUACAAUGUGCCAUUGCAUAGCCUACUGAAGUUUAAUCAACCUAAGACAUUUGUUCAGAUAAAUAGCAGGGACUGUACGUGCUUUUAAAGGUUUGGUUUUAUAGUCUCUUGCGUCAAACAAGUGUGUUUUGAGACUUAAGCAAUCAUCAACAAAUUUAUUUGCUAUCCACCUUUUUCCUGAACAUGGAAGUCUCACCCGACAGGAACAAUGCUUUACAUUUUCGGUCUCUGGUGUUUCUAGUCAAAUUAACCUAUUUCCCGAGACAAUAAUAUAAUCUCAAACCUAUGAAUAGUUUCAUCUCUUUACAGUGUCACACUGACCGUCUUGUUUGCAGUAGCUCACCUAUGGAGUGAAUUUUGUGCCAAUAUUC